UUGAUGAAUAAAUGCACAGACACAGUGCGCCCUUCAGUUAUGCAGUUGUAUGUGGUCAUCGUCCGUGCGGUAAGUAGCAGUGUGUUCUCUGUGUCUCUGGGGGCAUGAGUGUGUUAUGAACGCGAUGCAGGCGUCACUGUAGCUAAUUGCCUACACUGAGCCCCACCCUUUAAGCGGAGCAGAGCGGCGAGUGAGGAGCAGCAGGGUUCACACCCAUGUGUUUGGAGAUUUAUGCACUGCAGAUUUGUGUG